CAGUUAACAUGAUAAACUCGUCGAGUAAUUAUUAGCUUUCCAGUCUGCUUUUAACUGAUAUAAUUACUCAGCAGUGACUUCUGCUUUCCGACUUGGAUGACAUAUCGUCCAUGAAUGAUUGUUUCGGCUUAUUUUAAGUGCAGUUGUUUAAGGGAAGUACAUAUAUUACUUUAUUAUUAUGGAAAUACUUCAGAUAAUACAGUUUGGAUACGCUCUAGCGAUUGGAAUAUUCUUUUUUAUGGUAUGGGUUUCCAUGGUCGAGUCUAAAGAACAAGAACCAGUUCGAGAUCCACCCUGCAUUUUUAAUCCAUUGUGCAGCUGUUCGAAAUCCAGUCCGGAUUUGGGAAUAGUUACGUGCAGAGAUGUACAUUUACCAAGAAUUUCCGAAGCCGUUAACAUGUCCAAAGUUUUUAAGCUACAUCUGGAGAAUAAUAACUUGAGGACAAUGGAACCUUAUUUCUUACAAAGUACAGGGCUAUAUAAAAUAGUGAUUAGCAACAACCCCCUUGUUACAAUGCCAGAUGAGGCUUUUUUGGGAUUGGAAAGGUCUCUAUGGGAGUUAGAACUAAGUCAUUGUCAGCUCACGAAAGUUCCUAAUCGAGCCUUAAGAUAUUUGCAGAAACUCAGAAUCUUAGAUCUGACCGGAAAUGAGAUCAACAAAAUUUCUCCGGAAAAUUGGAGAGGACUAGAAGGCUCUUUGGAAAUCCUAAUUUUGGCGGACAACUCAUUAGCCAAGCUUCCGCUAGAUGCUUUUGGAGGCUUGCCCAUGGUGGAAACAAUUGAUUUAAGAGGAAAUAAUCUUCGUGAAAUAGAUCCAGCGAUAUUCCGUGAUGGAAUGGGCCACUUAGCGCAUCUACUAUUAGGUGACAAUCAAUUGUCUGCCAUUCCGUAUCAAGCACUACAGCCCCUAAGAACACUAAAAACACUUGAUCUCAGCUAUAAUCAUAUAAAUAAAAUGUCCCCAGUUACAGAUGCAGGUGCUAAUAUUAAUAUAAAUUUCCAGCUUAACUUGGACACUUUUAAAUUGGACUACAAUCGCUUAAGCGUAUUGGAAACUACAUCUUUUCAGUACUUUAACGUUCUGAAUAAAACGUUUCUGGACGGUAAUCCGUUAACAACUAUUGAGGAUAAUGCAUUUAGACAGGCCAAAAUUCGGGAGUUGUACAUAAGAAGUUGUGGCCUAACCAAUAUUUCACCCGGCUCAUUUGGAGGGCUGGAAAAUUAUUUGGAAAAAUUGGAUUUAUCUGGGAAUAAUAUUUCGCUAUUACCAAAAGAUGUUUUUCAAAGAUUUCAAUUUAUCAAAGAGUUGACUCUCAGAGACAAUAUGGUGACCAAUUGGACCCCAAUGGAAACAUUCACGAGUUUUCAGUUCACUCUAAACAAUUUGGAUCUGAGCGGAGCAAAAAAUUCUCCUAUAAAACUUCAAGACUUACGCAGGUUUAGAGGUUUGAGAACUCUAACGCUCUCUAGGCUUAUUCAGCCGCAUAUAGCAUCAGAAGACUUUCUAGAAUAUGGUGUUGACUUAGAAGAACUCUCUAUUACCUAUGCUAAUUUGCAAAGCAUCAAAAGUAACGCAUUUAAGUAUGUUCAUGGAUUGAAGCAUAUAGACUUGAGUGAUAACAAUAUUGGAACUAUUGAGAAUAAUGCUUUUAAAGAUAUUGGGUAUUCUUUAGAGCAACUGCACCUUGCUCAUGCCUUUUCGUCAUCAGUCACUAGUAUUCCCGGUGACGGGAUAAAAGUGCUCAACAACUUAGAAUACCUAGACCUCAGCAACAACAAGUUUCGAAUUAUGGAAGAGAAUAGUUUUCACUUUCUAGGAAAAUUGCGAAAACUUGAGUUACAGGACAAUAUUAUUGAGACAAUUCACAAAGGAACCUUCCAGAGUGAUAUUCAUUCAAACUUGGAGCAAAUUUAUCUUUCUUUCAACACCCUCAAAAGCAUUUCCCAGCAUACUUUUGUUCAUUUGCCAAAACUGGAGCAACUGCACAUUGAUGACAAUAAACUGGAGACACUUGAACGCAGAUCGUUUAUGAAUUUGGAGCGUCUAAAAAGGCUCAACUUAAAAGGGAACAAGCUAGCAACGAUAUCCUACGAAGCUUUUCAAAACCUACCAGAACUGGAACAUCUGGACAUGUCCUACAACAAAAUAGAAAAAUUCGAUUUUAACAUUUUGGAUCAAGUAGGAACGUUAGCGAUGUUCCAUUUGAACGUCAGUCACAACGUUUUAAAUAAACUGGUUUUGAACAUGCCAUCAACUUUUGUUAACGACAUUGUCUGUCCCUACUGUAUAGGUUCUGGAGGGUACCAUUCGAAUAUCCAGGUACUAGACAUGUCCUUUAACAACAUUUCUAUGAUUGCGAAGAAGUUCUUUAGGCCAGCUGAAAUAUCGUUGACUAAUUUAUAUUUGAGCCACAACAGAAUAAUCAACGCUACAAGAGACGUUUUUGGGAAUAUGCCGCACUUGCAGUGGCUGGAUCUCUCUAGUAAUCAUAUUUAUGAGAUGGACUUUGAUAUGUUUAGAAACACAAAGAAAUUGCAGGUUUUGGACGUUUCUCAUAAUCGCAUUACUGAUAUACCAAACGACAUCUUCAGAUUUCUCGCCAACUUGAGGAUGGUCGACAUUUCUAAUAACCGAAUAAGAGCUCUGCCUGAUAAUUUGUUUAGAGAAGAAGGUCUGGAGAAGCUAGAUUUAUCAAGCAACCUACUGAGCAAAAUGCCGCUCAACAGUCUAGCUAUACCGGCAGCUCAGACAUUGUGCGAACUGGACCUUUCCUGGAAUUUGAUUUCAUCCUUGUCUCAUGGUGGCUUAUUAGAACGAUUCAAAAAAUUAAACUACCUGGACCUUUCUUAUAAUCGCUUGGCUCAAAUUGACGUUGGAACUUUUAAAGGCUUACCCAGAUUGCUGUACCUGGAUCUCAGUCAUAACAGCCAGUUGACUUUGGAGCCGAACGGUGGUAGCUUUAAAGGUCUUGAAUAUUCGUUGCUGCAUUUGAAAAUUGAUAAUGUGUCUUUAAGUAUUGUUCCAAUCUUCCCUACUCCAAACUUGGUCACCCUGUCACUUGCAUCGAAUUCUUUGCCUAGCAUGCCACCAGAAAUGGCAACCAACAUGACCAAUUUGCAGACGCUAAAUUUAAAUUAUAAUAGUUUGACCAUCGUGCCAAUAUUGACACAUUCUUUAUUCGAAUUGAGAGUUUUAACCAUGGUGGCCAAUCAGAUCACCUACCUGAGCAAUACAAGUUUAUUGGGAGUGGCUGAUCAUUUGGAAGAACUAGACAUUCGUAAUUUUGAUUUGACUAUCUUAGAGGCUGGAGCAUUCUGCAAAAUGUACUCGCUGAGGACAUUGAAAAUGAAUCUUUACACUGGAUUUAAGACUUUCAAUAUACCUACAAUAAUCCAAUGGAAUACUGGAUUACGCAACUUGGAAAUUCACGUCGAUAAGCAAAGCGAUAGUGACUUAACUAAAGAGUUAGCUGGAGACUUUCCACCAAAACUGCAAAAUAUCACAUUUUCCGGAAGAGGCUUAAAAAGAAUUGGAGCCGGUACAUUACAGGGUGUCAAAUUUCCUGACCUCCAUAUUUGCCUCAGAAAUACCAGCAUUAUUAGGGUACCAGGAGAAUUAUUCAAAAACAUAGGCAGUGCCAAAAAUCUGACCGUCGACGUGAGAGAUAACAAAGACCUUAAAAGCUUGAUGAACCCAUCCACUGGACCAAAACCUGAUUUAUUUAAGAAAACCUUCUUGAAGGAUCUCAAAAUCAUGGGAAAUCGAUGGGACUGCGAUUGCGAUUUAGGAUGGAUUGAAGUUUGGCAAAGAAAACAUCGACAAUACAUUUGUGAAGAUAGUCCUAGUAUAGCUCCGUAUUUCAAUCAUUUUGGAUACAUAUGUAAACACACGCGAGAUGAUCUCAGGAUGUCUUUAUGUGCAAAUAAGAAUAAUAAUUCAGUGGUUGAAGUACUGAAGGCUGAUAUCGAAUGUGGCUGGAGUUCAGGAUCAAAAAUUAAUGGACUUAAUUUGGUUUUCACUAUUUGGGUUGGUGUAGUACUUCGUUCUUUGCUCUAGUCGGCUUAGUUAAUAUAUGUCCUCUAGUUAUUUCUGUGUUAGCAGGAUCAUUUCAUUGACGAAAGCUCAAAAAUGUUGCGUAAUAAAGCAACAGAAAUACUAUUUCAUCAAUAAUAUUUUGUAUGAAGUUAUAGAUGUAAUUUCUGACUUUACAUUAUUUCACGACCUGCCACAAGUUAAAUCAUUUAUAUAUGAAAUAAAUUUUUAACCGUCAAUGCAAAAUGUGUUCAAAAUAAUAUCAUAACUACUUAAUAGAUCAUAGAGAAUUAUUACUUGGCUUAACUGUACAACUAUUACAGUUUUUCGAAGACAGAAAGUCAAUGACCUAUUUAAAUAAGAUUCGAAUAUCACACUUUAUUAUGUCAAAGAUUAAAAAUUAUCCAGUUGCA